AUGGGAUACGGGCGCAGAAAAAGUCUACAAUACCGACACCUGUAUGAUAUUUGUUUGAAAUGGUCAGAUGCUGAGUUACUGGAGUUGAUUAAUGCUUUAGAAAGAGAUAUUUCAUUUUCUCCAUUUGAAUUGGGACAGCUUGUAAGAACCAAAACAUCAGUUGAAGUUAAUGAAUUUGUGGAGGCUCUAAUGGAUGUAGAUGAAAGUGAGUUGGAAGGUCGAGACGUUGUAGUUCCUGAUCCAAAACCUGAAGAACCAAUCGAUAUAUUGUUACGGAUUACCAGAUACUGUGGCACCGAACGAUAUAAUAGUUAUGCAGCACUGAGUGAGGUUUUAGAAAAGCUUUACAGACGGGAAGAAUUAGAUUACCGUGCAGUGCAUAAGAAAAAUCCAAACCCCUCAUACGUACCUUAUGGACAAUUGUAUCGCUUCAUGAUGGCACUGGUAGGUGGACGACCUUUACCAAAUCUAUCUGAUUUGUCCUCUGCCGCCAUCCUGGACUUUCUAACUUGUUUAACUUCUAUUGUCAACAUAGCCUCCGACCCUGAUAAUGGAAAGGACGAUUGUAAUUCUGCGAGAGAUCCUGUUCGUACCCGAAUGAGGGAACAAAUUACAAAUGCUACAAACAUGGUUAAACAGAAAAUUGGUGUAUAUAUGGCCCUUGUUGGUGCUAUACAUGCCAGUUCAUUUCCUAGUAUACGCGAUGAAAUAACCCUUCAAAGAGAUUUUGGUACCCAUCCUCUUACUCCCUUACGUCUACUAUGUCAAGUGAAACAUCCUGACACGAUUUUAGGAUAUCCUCCAAUGGUGAAAUACUUGGUUGAUAAGUUCGCAGAAAUUUGGGAUAUACCGCGGGUUCCAGACACAUAUUUCUUCGAUGAGACGAUAUCCCAACCCGUGUCCAAUGAUAUAUUGCUCCUUGUCCUGAAACGCGUUACAGCGUUUUCACUAAACCCACUUACCUUUUCACUAAAGAUGUUGGCUCCUUUUCAAACCAUCUUGAAUGAUUUUCGUUCGCUGUGCUCUAGUAGAUUAGAACUUUCGAAUUUUUUUCGAACAUGGGCUAUGUGCAAUGUAAAACAAGUACGUUUAUUCCCAGCAUUACCAUCGCCUUUGGAAGUUAUACCUCGUAAACGUUCAAGGGAAAGCUCUGUUGAGAGUGAUCAGGCAAAGAAGUGCUGCACUGAAAAUCUUUCAAUUACGACUAAGUCGGUAGCAGAAGAGUGCUAUACAACAGAAGGGACUACAAGUGGUCAGCAAUCUACAGUUCCUGUUACUAAUACAAAAAUAGAAGAAAUGGAAGAUACCAAAAAUGUUACACUGACGUCGAAUCGGUACGUGCAAUGGUGUCCUGGAACGCACUUCGUUCGUAUAAGGGAUGAAGGAGAGGAUGACAAUGUCAAUGCAUUUGUAAAUACUCGUUUUAAAGUGAAAAUUGAGAAGACAGAUUUGUCAAUGGAAUUACACAAGAACGGGACCAAAGACGUCGUAUCUGGUCGAUGCACAAAGCACAUAAGAAAACAAGCACAGCCAAGACGAAAAGAGAUGGGUACACAUAGCGGAAGGCGACUUUUCUAUGUAAUGUUAUGGUUGAAAAGAAAUAGACGCAGUGUAUUACUCAUUGUGCAAAGUGUACUUAUGCAUGACAUAACUUCUUUUAAAUUAUGA